AAAUAACACUACCGUGUACUGGAAUGUAAUACAUGUACUUUUGUAAUCCUCGACUUAGACAGUAAGGCAGUUAGACAUAUACCGAUAGGAUUAUUAAUUUCAAAUUUCUGCGAGGUGUAUUAGUUUCGCGUCCAGUGGUGUGUGUGUGUGCUGGCUAGCGGUAUAUAACAACACAUGCUUUAGAGAGAGGUCGUCUUUUACUCGCUUCAUCAACCUAACGGCCGUUACGGCAGGAGGACGCGUGUGAUUUCACGGGGGUUGUUGAUUUCUGAGUGAAACAAAACUACUGUUCAAUUUCUUCAGUUUAGAUGCAUGAUAACGAAACCAUGUCGGACUCCGACCGCGAUUUAGAAUCAAAUGAAAAUCUGUUGAAUGGGAAAAAGCCAAACAAUUUAAAUUUGGCAAGAUCACCUGGUGAAAAGUGUUACACAGAUAUCAGGAUUGUUCAAGAUGAAUGUGCUCGUUUAAAGAAGUAUCUGUAUGGAUUAUUUGUCGUGGUUGCUGCCGGAAUUCUGAUCUUGAUCGUUAUUAUGGCAGUGUUAUUUGUCAAGCUUAGCCAUGAUGUAGCACACCAUACUCAUCAACCGAAAGUUGGGGAAACCGUUUCAAAAAUUCUCGAACGGGAGGAGUUGUGUAUUCCGUGUGAUAAUGUACGACUUGGCCCCUCUGUCGAGGAGGAUCGAAUGUUGAAUGAAUUUACUCGGAAACAUGAACCAGAGGGGGAGCAGUGCUGUGUUGAAACCCCAAAAGAGUUGCUCGCCAUGUUGGAAUUGUUUGUUGAAAAGAGAAUACGUGAAGAAGUUGCUAAAGGUAACAUCAACCUGCCGAGAACUGAAGGACAGAGCGAUAUGGAACAGACACCGGCAGCUCACUUGAUGGGGUCAGUUAGCCGACUGGACAAGUCAACAGUACCAGCAACCCAGUUUCAAAUUUCCUCUUGGAUCCACGACGCAGAUCUCGCUUUUACCACCAACAACGUCAUGUACCGCAGUGGAAGACUUGUAGUACCAUCUACCGGCCUCUAUUACGUCUACAGCCAAGUCUCGUUCCUGGAACUCUUCGACGACGGGAAUUCCCGAGAUCAGGGAUCGCCUAAUAGUCUGUCACAUUACAUUUAUCGCUAUAACAUCAUCUACCCCCAUGGCGGAGAGGAAAAGCUGAUUCAAAACUCUAUCACCAAGUGUAUAGGCCAGAACAAACAGUUCGGCGAAUACACAAGCUACCUAGGAGCUUUGUUCCAUUUGCGGACAAGUGAUGAGAUCUAUGUUAAAGUCUCCAACCUCACAUUGAUAGUGCGCGAGCCCAAAUUAAAUUAUUUCGGCGUAUUCAAAGUGUCCUGAUCAACCUGGCAUAUGUUAUCAUGUAAGUUAAUUUCUUUGUUUUGAUAUUGAAGUGGGGAAAAAUCCAAAGAUUGAAGUUUUAAUCAUCAGUAAAUAAAAACUUUAGAAAAAUACCUGCAGAUUCCAGAAGUAGACUUUUAUCACUAACUUGGAGUUUACACUAUGGGUAUAACCACAGGUUUGUGGUUCAAGUAGACAUUUUGUCUUCCGAUUUUAAAGCUGGAAUCAGUCGAAAUGUAUUUGAGAGUGCUGUCAGGUCAGUUGAUGAAUGAUUUAUAACGAACAGCAUGGUUAUUAAACAAAAAUUAUCUCCCCUAUAGAUGAACCAGAGUACUGACAAUAUUACCACCUCGUGGCCAAAUGUUACUGACUUAUUAUCGAACUUCUUAUUUCUCGUUAGAGGUCCCUAUCUACCAUACAAAAGAUUACUGAUGUCGAGGACAAUGUCAAUCUGACAUUACUUGAAUCACUGAUCCCUGUCGUCUAGUGAAGCCGGUUCAUGUAGCGUGACGGAUGACAAAAUCCAAAUUAUUAUUAUUAUAUUACAAGUUCUAUACCACUAUAACACAAGUACUGAUAAUGCUAUCAGACAUUUUGUAUCUCAAAACUGAUAAAAUUUUCCUGAAACACAUUUCAUUUUAGAGCGUUCGGCCAUUUAGCUUAAUCAAAGACUAUUGCGGUAUACAACAACUGUUUAACAUCCAUGUUAUGUCACCCCAAACUUUUGCGUUUUAAAUGUGUUUGAAUGGAAAGUCUGACAGUUUUCAGAAGUCGGAAUGUGUUCAACAUGUAUAUGUUACGAAUCAUUUUUGCCAAUACAGGCUUCGUGAAAAUACGUUAUGAUACACAAUAGGCACUUUUUUCUUAUUAUGUAAUUAUAAUUCUCAUUCAUAUGAUCACUUUCCUUUGAUUAAGAGAACAAAUAUCAUUUUCUCCAUUUACUUUUAACUGUUCAUGUAAUUGAUGUACACAUGUAUGUUCAUUAUAAUACAUAACUAUGUAUGAUUUGAUUGGAUCGCUUGCUUUAACCAGUUAUUCAUUAAUCAAUUAGCUCAUUACAAGCACGAUUUCAAGAUGUUCUUGAUAGUGCAAUUAGUCAUCUUUUUUAGUUUUUUCAUUCUCGAUUUGUGUAUUCAAAUAUUCUAGAAAUAUCGGUAGUUCGAACAUGGAAAUUUGUUGUAAAUUAUUUUCGGGGCAAGAUGUCGUCACGUAAUUCUCAUAUACAGUUGAUACUAAAAGCAUAAAAUUCACUUAAUGUACAGCACUUUUAGAUAAAAUCUGUCGUAACAUGGAGUUUCAUUUUUUUUAAAACUUGAUUUAAUGCUUUUGAUGUUUAAUCAGAAAGUUAUGUCCCUUGGUGCUAAGAAAACACCAAAACUCCAAUCACUGUAGAAUGGUUUAAAUUCGGAAGAAAAAGUUUAAGUUGAAUUUUUGUAAUCAUAACAUAAGAAUUGAUUUCCACUCGUUGAUCAAAUGUAUUUUGCCAUUACAAACAGUGUUCAUAAAAAUUUAAUUCUCUUUGUAGAAUAGUUAAGAUAACAUUGUAUUUUUUUGUUUUUUGUUUUGAUUAGUGAUUGUUCCGUAUGUGAAAAAAUCCGGGUUUCAUUCAUCCGGAAAAAACAUUCCAGUUUGCUUUUUAGUGUGACCAUAUGGUAUCUACUUCCGGAAUGUCGUGUAUGGUGUAUUUUUAAGAUCGUUUCAAUUUUUGAACGAAAUUAUCAUGAGUUGUAAAUAUUGAACUAUUUUGCGAAUUAUCAACUGAAAUGUAAUGCGAAAUCCAACAGAAAACGGGAAACUUUAUAGGUGUCUCUAUUUAAAUAUGUAUGAUCCAUGUAGAGAGAUCAAGCGGUGUUUUGUUGAAAUUCGGUUUUAUUUCUGAUAUAUAUUAGUAGUACAGUUUUGACAUAGAUGAUACAGGGCGUGGAAAAGAGCAAUACAAUUUAUUUAUUUAAUUUGUUGUCAUUGGCUCAUUCGAUAUUGGGCAUGUUUUAAAAGUCUGGAACGAAAACUCGAACCUUUUUGGCGUGGAACAUUUAAAUUGGUACUAUGAAACACUGUUCAACAAUGAACUAAUUAAAGUAAACAGCACAGAAACUGCCAUCUUCGUUUGGAAUUGCAUUUUACAUCGUACCGGAAUAAUUGUUGUUGCACCUUACCUUUAGCGUUAGGCCUGGAUCAGUUUGGCCAAUAAUUAGUUGAUUUAAAAAAGAAACACACAGAGAGAAAGACUGAAACAAUUUUCACGGAGAUGACAUUGUAUUGGCAUUUUCGUUUCUAGACACGCCUGAGAACGUAUUUACUAAUUCGUAGAACAAAAACCGGCGUUGUUUCUCAAUCAGUCGGUAGUAGCUCAGACAAAUAAUGUGAAGAAAAGACGCUUCACGUGCUAACUGAUGAUCGCACGGGCAAAUAUCUAUAAAUAGAUUCCAAGUGUAUUUACAUAGAUAAAUAUAACUGUUGGUGCAGACAGAAAUCGAGGAUAUUCUUUAUGUAUGAACAGCUGAUAUCAGAUUUAAAAAUUAACAAUCAAAACGAAUGAUGUGUAAAUUUCUGCUCAGUGCUCGGACCGUAAUUAACACCCUUCAUAUACAAUGGCAUAAUGUAGACAGAAGUUGUACUAAAUGUGUCGGCAAAUGAUGUGUUUUGGCGGCAAACAAGUGUUAUACGAUCUAUUUGGCACACCUUCAAUUGUUGACGUUACGAAAUGCAAACACAAGUUGUCAGUGGCUUGAUGCACUCUUGUCAAAUGCUUCUGAAAAUAAUUGAUGUAGGGAAUCUUUUCUUGUAACAUUUCAGUACGAUAUCAGUACACUGUCAGUUAGGUGUCAGUAGUACUGUACUAGUACAGUAUCAGUACGAUAUCAGUACACUGUCAGUUAGGUGUCAGUAGUACUGUACCAGUAUAGUAUCAGUACGAUAUCAGUACACUGUCAGUUAGGUGACAGUAGUACUGUACCAGUAAAGUAUCAGUACGAUAUCAGUACACUGUCAGUUAGGUGUCAGUAGUACUGUACUAGUACAGUAUCAGUACGAUAUCAGUACACUGUCAGUUAGGUGUCAGUAGUACUGUACUAGCACAGUAUCAGUACGAUAUCAGUACACUGUCAGUUAGGUGUCAGUAGUACUGUACCAGUAAAGUAUCAGUACGAUAUCAGUACACUGUCAGUUAGGUGACAGUAGUACUGUACCAGUAUAGUAUCAGUACGAUAUCAGUACUAAUAAGAUAUCAGUACACUGUCAGUUAGGUGUCAGUAGUACUGUACUAGUACAGUAUCAGUACGAUAUCAGUACACUGUCAGUUAGGUGUCAGUAGUACUGUACUAGUACAGUAUCAGUACGAUAUCAGUACACUGUCAGUUAAGUGACAUUAGUACUGUACCAGUAAAGUAUCAGUACGAUAUCAGUACACUGUCAGUUAGGUGACAGUAGUACUGUACUAGUACAGUAUCAGUACGAUAUCAGUACACUGUCAGUUAGGUGACAGUAGUACUGUACUAGUACAGUAUCAGUACGAUAUCAGUACACUGUCAGUUAGGUGACAAUAGUACUGUACCAGUAUAGUAUCAGUACGAUAUCAGUACACUGUCAGUUAGGUGUCAGUAGUACUGUACCAGUAUAGUAUCAGUACGAUAUCAGUACACUGUCAGUUAGGUGUCAGAAGUACUGUACUAGUACAGUAUCAGUACGAUAUCAGUACACUGUCAGUUAGGUGUCAGUAGUACUGUACCGGUAUAGUAUCAGUACGAUAUCAAUACACUGCCAGUUAGGUGUCAGUUGUACUGUAGUACACUGUCAGUUAGGUGUCAGUAGUACUGUAUAAGUACUGCUAUCUGGAGUCUAACAUGUUUAAUGUUGUCGUUUUACACUAUUCUGAAUUAACCACAAGUUAAUUUUAUUUAAAUGUCGAGGUAAUUAACGAAUAUAGGGUAAGUGGAAUUGUGUAGAUAUAACAGUCAUAUUUUUUUUUAUUUUGUUUGACGUUAAAGGCUGAUGAAGGACGAUUGUUAGAACAUAGACUUUAAAGGCUGAUGAAGGACGAUUGUUAGAACAUAGACUUUAAAGGCUGAUGAAGGACGAUUGUUAGAACAUAGACUUUAAAGGCUGAUGAAGGACGAUUGUUAGAACAUAGACUUUAAAGGCUGAUGAAGGACGAUUGUUAGAACAUAGACUUUAAAGGCUGAUGAAGGACGGUUGUUAGAAUUAUGUUCAGUGUGUUUAGAGGUCUAGGGACCUAACUAAAGCAUAAACCAAAGUGUGGAAUGUAAUGACAUUUGUGUUCUGUGGUAAUCUGAUUAUUUGCUGAAUAUUUCAGCAAUAUGUUGAUGUAGUGUAGAAUAUUUGCAUGUUACUAAACAUCUCAUGAAUAUUCAUGACAUCGAUAUAGGAACAGAUGCUUUCCUUUUGAUGACGUAAUUCAUAUAAUUGACUUUAAAAGUCGCCAUUCGUACCCUACAAAUCCCUGUUUUAAAAUACAUGUGAUAUUUUUGUAAUAAAACUUGUGAUAUUUUAAAAAAUAAAACAAUUGAUUUCA